GCACAAAUGCAAUCUAGUCACUUCUUCCUCAGGUCAGAAACCUCUCAAAAAUAUGUUUACAAGCCAUCUCCAAUCCAAAUGCCGAACAUUUUGUGGAAGAGAAGAUAGGCCACGCACAUUGCGAUCUUGUAUUAUUCUCUUACAAGCUACUACUUCUUCUCAAAUCACCCAAACCCUGAACUCAUUCACCAUGUAUCCAACAUAGCUCUUCUCUGUUUUCCUCCUCUUAGCCAUAGCUUCAACUGCCUGAGUCUCCACCACUCGGAUAACAAUGAACUUGGAUCCCUCGCGAUUCAAUCUUCAACCCCACCCCACAACUCGCCUCAUCGUCCUUGGUUACGACGUCUACCUGAGAACAAACUUAAUUCAAUCAAGCCAUUCAAUCUACUACAUGAGGGAUAUCCCUGAUGAGUUCCCCGUUUUUGGGAUCCAUUUCGCCAGCGGGGCAGAGCUGUCGAUCGAUGCAUUUGGGAGUUUCAUGCAACUGGCGGAUCAGGAGGACAGCUUCUGCUUGGCUUUCGAGGUAGCUGAUUCCACCCAGUCGAGCAACAUUGGGAUCCUGGCUCAGCAAAACUACAACGUUGGGUAUGAUCGAUCUCGUGGACAAGAGGGUCUACUUCGAGAGGAGAGCCUGCCAGGAUCUCAAUUAGAAAAAAAAAAAAUUUCAUCACCUUCCACCAUCGACACCUCUGCAACAAAGUUGUUAGAAGCAAAUAUUGAAAAACCGUAUCAUACGUACUGGGAGUUCGACUAGAAAAACCUAUACCACCGGAUGCUAUACCGAUAGGCGGUAUAAAUCAAAUUUAACCAAAGUUAAAGCACGAUAUUAGUAUAAAAUAUCUUAUCGUUGUCCUUUUCUGUUACAACAUUCAGUACGAUUUUACAAUUUUUUGUUAGAAGUAUAUGUGAGUCAUGAAAAGUUCAUAAACUUAUCCAGUAUAUCAAAAAUAUAAACCGCUUUACUAUUGUUUCUCGGGAACAAUUCCCUCCAUGUUUUCAAUCUCUGAGUUUCUGGCUCUUCUAAUUUUGUACUCUUUUCUUAGUGUUAUGGUAGUUCGUCCAUUCCUUAUUGGUUUUGCUUGUGUUUUACGUCAACCGCAAAUGAACAUCUUUUACCCCACGCAUUGGCAUUAUGGAGUGAAAUGAAAGCUCUCAUUUGUUUGCCUCUUGUGGCUAUCAUGACAUAAGUGCAUAACGCAUGCACUAUUACACUCUCCCUUGUUCUACUUAUUUUUUCCCCUUCCUCCAAGAGCGAAUCGGGUGUAUAGCUUUUAACUGUAUAAACAUGUUUAUCAGAGAAAGAUACGACUUUUUACCACUAUGAUAAAAUUAUAUUAUAUUAUUACAUUAUGAUAAGAGUUGUAUGAUCCCUUGUAAAUGAUUAUGGAUAAUUAUAUAAAAAUAGAUUAUGUAUCUAAUCUUUUGCCCCUUUCUUCUUCUCUAAGUGAUCUCGUCCCGUUUUGCUUUGUUUCUGGCUACCACCCACCAAUCAAUCAACUAUUGAGAGAUCAACAACAUAGUAACAUAUGGUAUCAUUUGCAGACUCCAAUACUCAAGAACUCGUGCAACUGACUUAAGCUAAGCCGAAAUGUCAGCAGAUGAAAAAUCUAUUUAAUGACUCUUUUGUUUGUGUGUACUAGAUAGGUUUAUACUGUUGAGAGAUCAACAAGACAUCACCAAUAUGUAACUUAGAUAACACUUUGAAAAUCUAUUUUGCCCCUUAUUAAAAUAGCAAAUAUUCAACUCAAAAUGUUUACACGACUCUUCUUUGUAAACUCAUAUGCUUCUCUCAUUUUCCACCCAAUAGUCCCAUGAAAAAGACAGCUUUGUCCCCCAUAAUAUAUAUACCAAUCAAUUCAUAUUAGUCUAAGGAAGACCAUGCCACCCUUUGGAACCCCUUGGUUUGAUUGGUAUGGCCAAUGGGCAAAUUGGGAAAUUCCACACAUACAAACAAGAUCCAUGGAUCAUUAUAAUUAUUAUAGUUUUAGGGCUAAUCAUUAGUCUUAAUGAGAUUAGGUACUUCUUCUUCAUUGUUCUUUCAAAGUCAUGUUGUGUGGUAGGGUCCUAAACCAACUCAAAUAAUUAAUUAACAAGAUGGUUCACACCCAUAACCCCAUAACAAAUCACAAUCAAAUCCAAAUAUGAACAAAAAUGGGUUUACAUUUAAAAUCAUGAAUGACUUCUUGAAGUUGGACCAUAUAAUCAUUUUUUUCUAGAAACUAUUACAAGAAAGUUGGACCAUAAGGGAAGAGUAUAUUAAUACCUUCUUAUUUGAUAGCAAAAGGUUCUUGUUUGGCAUUAUACGAUUAGUAUAAAUUAAAGUGUGCAUAUAACCCACCAACGUGGUGGUUCCAUGAUGUUUAUGUGGUUAAUCUUAUUUUAUUUUAUGCAUGAAAAAUGAAAAUCCUAUUGUGUGGUUAUGACUUAUGAUCAUACUGAAUACAUAAAUUUUUAGGCU